AUGGGCGGCCACUUCCACUUGCACUGUGACACUCACAAUGGCCUUCCUCGUGUUUGGUUAGGCUGGGGUGAGUUGAACACCCGCAAGCCUGAGCUCCAGGCUAUUCAAGACAGUUAUUUCCGCAAUAAUAUGCCCAACUACAAGAUCAACCACCCUGCAUUCCCUCGCCGCUGGUACGACGUGCACUUGGAUGUCGUGCGGGCUUCGACUCGAUGGUUCGAUUGGCGCAUUCACUGCGGCGAGAAGGACAGGCUGGUCCUCCCUGAGACGAUCAACGGUGUACUCAUCCCAAGUAUCCUUCAUUUCAUUUACACAGGUGACUACUCAAUCGACGCCGAUGAUAUGAACGUGUACAAGCUUCGAGAAUGUCCUUCUGGCUGCAUCACUUGCUCGCAAAUUUGUCAACUAUUGCGAUAUCACUUGGACAUGUUUGUAGCUGGCCUUCAGCUGGGCAUGGUCGAGCUUCAGGCCAUGGCAUUUUCUCGAUUCCGAGCUCUCAUGAACACUUCUCCCGUUUGGGUUUUGAAGUAUGCUGUCCAGGCAGUGUACAGCAGACCGCCCAUCGAGAACACGUACAAGGAUUACCGCGUCUCUAGCAUCAAGGGACUUAUGGACUAUCGGCCAGAGCUAGUCCUCCCAGCGGUUCUAAGAUGGUGCGGAUACUACCGCAUGAACCCAAUGAGGAUCUCGAGCAAUCCUGAUCGGUGGUGCGGAUUGCAAGAGUUCGAGGAUGUAGCAAGGCGAAUCCCUAUGUUCAAGCAUCACAUGGAAUUCGGACUCGUCUUGGAUACUGUUGACAUCUUACCCCCGACACUCAAGUUCCCAGGUAAGUCAACACCUUUGAUUGCCCUUCACCAGUACGACAGCCCCCCUCCCAAUCCUCCCCCGAAUACGCUGCGUCAGGAUUUCCAUCGGUCGAACUAUCAGUAUGCGACAUACCUGCAACCACUUCCCUUUAGAAACUUCAGUGAGCAGCUUCCUUCUAACCUUGGAAGUAACCCUGGAAGUGAAAGGUUCUUUCCAUCUGAAGUUGUCCCAACCCCUAACUUUGGAGUAAACCCACAGUCAACUGUAGCAACCUCACUCACUUCAGUUUCUCAGAUCCCAGUGAACGAACCGAUUCAGAACUCACAGCCUGGCCCGGCGUUCAUUGAUACAAACGACCUUGAUCCAGCACUCUAUGACUUCGACAUGGACGAAUUCCUUGGAUCAAUCCCAGAGGCAAGCCCCAUCGCAACUGACAUUAACAUGGAUGAUUUCCUCGGAUCAAUCCCAGAGGCAAGCUCCAUCACAACCGACAAAAUGGACACAUCAGACAGUCCCUUUCUUCCAAUAACACAAGACAGCGAGUUCGAACUUGAUCUCGACUUCAUUGCAGCGGAAAACGAAGCAAACCCAGACGGCGUCGAUCUGACGAAUGUCCUGGCCUGGUCUGCGUCGAACACCGACAUGAGCUUUCCUGACUACAUGAGCCUCACUUCAUCACCGGACAGCGAUGUGACCAUGCAUUCAACAGAUUCCACCGAGCUGCAGAUGCCCCAGGAAAUGGACAUCGACAUGGGAGAUAUGUCAAACAUCCCGUCUCCGAAUACCUUCGACGUUGGCUUUAACAGCCCACCGGAGAUUGACUUCAACGGAUUAAACCUGAUGACUUCCAUGAACCGUCCUGAACAGAUCAUCCCCAUGGGAUUCAUGCCUGUGAAUCCCCACUGGUUCCAAUGCCCCCCGCCGAUGUCUGCGACGAUCCGGAGACAGCCCUUCGACUGGUCCAGGGCUACUCACUCUGCAGGUGACCUAGUUCAGACAGUCGCCUCGCCGACGGCCGAGGCUCAACCACCGCGAUACAACCUUCGAAAGCGAGGGUCUUCGACCGCAAGCACGGUACAAACCAACAACCCUGCAAGGCCAGGUCGCCCAUCGACCAGUUCACGCCGUAAGGCAGGUUCCUCGGGGUCGAGCCAGGCUCAAGGCCCUUCGCGGUAUAACUUGCGACCUCGACGAGGUCCAGCCAAGAAAUGA